CACAUGCGCAGUAGCGGUGGGCGGAGUUUUUCCAGUCGGUCAGGAAGAAGAGGAGAAAGGCGGACACACAGAAAACAUCAAGCGAUGGCUGCUAUCAGGAAGAAGUUGGUGAUAGUUGGGGAUGGAGCUUGUGGGAAGACCUGUCUGCUCAUAGUCUUCAGUAAGGACCAGUUCCCAGAGGUCUACGUCCCCACUGUGUUUGAGAACUAUGUGGCAGACAUUGAAGUGGAUGGCAAACAGGUAGAGCUAGCACUUUGGGACACAGCAGGUCAGGAGGACUAUGACAGACUGAGGCCUCUCUCCUACCCCGACACUGAUGUUAUUCUCAUGUGCUUUUCUGUAGACAGCCCUGACAGUUUAGAGAAUAUUCCAGAAAAGUGGACACCAGAAGUGAAACACUUCUGUCCAAAUGUCCCCAUUAUCCUGGUGGGCAAUAAAAAAGAUCUGCGCAAUGAUGAGCACACCAGACGAGAGCUUGCCAAAAUGAAACAGGAGCCAGUUAAAUUUGAAGAUGGCAAAGAGAUGGCAAACCGCAUUAGCGCCUACGGCUACCAAGAGUGUUCUGCCAAAACCAAAGAUGGCGUGAGGGAAGUCUUUGAGAUGGCAACCAGGGCAGCACUGCAGGCCAAGAAACGUGGCAAGAAGUCCACCUGCUGUCUGUUAUAGGCUCUGGAAGAAGAGGGGAGCUGCCGUCAAGCACAGACGAAAAGGGGCAGCUUCCAUUGAGAUUCGACCGGGGAGAAAAUUGGGGAGGGCCCAGAAACUUUUACGGAUGCUCAAUUUCUUAUCACCCAAGUAUCCUGAGCAAAAUUAAAGCAGGUCUUAAAUGAUUUGAUAGGCUCCUACACCUUGGUCCUUGGCCUAUAUACAUUAGAUUAUGUACCAUUUUGCUCUCGGCUAUCAAAAACUUUCAGAUCUAGAGAAGACUGUAGGGCAGGUGGUGGUGGGGGGUGAUUUGAAUUUGAGUAGAUGUAAACAGGGUUGAAAAUGUGCCAUGAUGGGAACCAAGAGAGAAAAAGGUCCUUACCAGGCCAAAGACAAUGGGGACAUGAGAGAGAAAAAGACAUAAAUUUAUAACAAAAAAUAGGUUUGAAUUAAGACCAUGUCUAAGUGGAUUUUACACAGUUUCGCCUACAUGUAGUGCCUUGAGAGCAGCGGUCAAGAAGAGUAAGUUGUGGGGUAGGGAUUCAUAACUCCGACGGGGUAUUAUUUUGUCAUUUGUAGUGUCCACACAUCACAUUUGUGAAUGCUUUCUCCCUGUCAUUAGCUUUGCUCCUUCAGGCCCAUAUUCUGACUCAGGCGCUAUGCAGGGGUAUGCCUAAACUAGAUUGUAUGAGAUAUUUUCCCAUACUGAAUUACUUACCUGUACUUUAGAGAGAGAGUGCGUGUGUGCGCGUGUAUGCAACUGUAUGGUGGUUUGUUUUCUCCAGUGCAGGUCUGCAUGCAGUGAAUGUGUGUAUAUUUUGUGUGGGUGUGUAUUAACAUUAUGUGUCUAUGUACUGUAUGCAUGGAAAAGGUCUUCUGCGUCACUGACCUAACCCCUUGUUUCCAUGCCAAAGUUACCCCUGAUGGCCACGUUUUAUGGCUCAGACGGGUAAUGGAAUUAACAGCUACUCAGAGUGACAUAGAAAACUUUCACUUUACUGGAAGACAUUGUACUAUACCUAGAGGCACAAUCAGGUUAAAACAUAUGAUUUUUUAGGACCUUCUUUUCUGUGUGUACCAGAGAUUCAUUUGAUUGUGUUAAUCAGUGGGUCAAAUCAUGAGUGGUGAAGUUGAAUAUCCUUUCAGAUAGAUAAUAGGCCUAUCUUAUUACUAUAAUGUCCAUUAUGUACUGUAUGUCUUACAAGGCUUUGUAAGGACAUGUUAAUGAUGUGUAAUUCAAAAUUUGCCUUUUACUCAACUUUCCCCCCAUCCCUCCUUUUAAUGAUAUUGUCAUUAUUGUAUUAUUACUUUUUAUUGUUAAUGUCUCUAAUUUUACUUAGUAUAUUUUAAUCAGUUUACUUAAUCCUGCUGUUAUGAUCAGUUUAUGUCAGUUAAAAUGAUAAAAUGUAACCGUAGUAUUGUUUAGUUAAUUAAAGGUAAAGCUUGGGGGUGCAAGGCUGGAAAGUUUUGGGGGUGGGCUUUUUUUUUUUUUCUACUGUGACAUAUUAAGGUUUCCCAAAUAAAGCUGAUAUUAGGGGUUUUCUGUUGUAAGGUAUUUAUGUGUUCUUUACCAUUUAUUCAUUAAUAUUUGCAACAAUCUCCCCAUAUAUUUCUGGCAUUAAUUUACUUUUUUUUCCCCAAUAAAAAAACUCAUAACCCCUCAAAA